GAAAAAUGCAUAGUCAGUAGCUCACACCAGAUUUACAGACGCGACAGAAACACAAUCGGAGCGACAUCAUUUGAGAAGCAGAUGUUGCUGCGCGUGGCUGUAAACAGGAAGGCCGGCCACAUAAGGCUUUCAGCGACGGGCUUGACAACGCGGUUGGCUCCGGUCCCGGCUUUGAGAAAGCUCGCGCUGUUGACUCGGAGCGCUCAUUCCGAGGUGGAAAGGACAACAUCACCUGGAACGAUGUUCGUGCCCGCGCUGUGAACGCGGCAGCACUUUGCGGUCCAGAUUCCGACGCACCCAUCUGUUGGCUUCAGGGGUAAAAGAGGCCGUUUGCAUUCCUUUUAAACUUCGUACGGAAACUUAAUAUCGGAGGUAAAGAUAAGCGCGACCCUGCUAUAUGCACUGCCACGGGGACUUGGUCAGCUAUCUCAGCUGCGGGAUGAUGCUGGCAGGACUCGGACACUUGGUUUAUCACAAGAACAUACAGAAGUCCUACGGACGCCACAUGGGACGCUCUCCUCCGGCCAGGACCGUCCCGGCCAGGCUGGCUUGGUUCCUCCAGGAGAUGCCCGCGCUCCUGGUGCCCCUGCUCCUCAUGCUCAGCAGGCCUGUGCCUGCUGAGCAUGAGGAGCAGGGGCAGUACCUGCUGCUCGGGACCUUCUGCAUGCACUACUUUCAAAGGACCUUUGUCUAUUCCCUGCUGACCAGAGGAACACCUUUCCCACUGGGCGUGAUGCUGUCAGCGGGCGUGUUCUGCUCUCUGAACGGUUUACUGCAGGGCCACUAUCUGCUGCACUGUGCCCAGUUUGAUGAUGAAUGGUCAGCUGACUAUCGCUAUAAAACUGGCUUACUGCUGUUUUACAUUGGCAUGGCCAUGAACGUACAUAGUGACUAUAUUCUACGCAACCUGAGGAAACCAGGCGAAGUAGUUUACAAGAUACCCACAGGAGGCCUGUUUGAAUAUGUGUCUGGUGCCAACUACCUAGGAGAGAUAGUGGAGUGGUUCGGCUAUGCUGUCGCCACCUGGUCCAUUCCGGCACUCUCAUUCGCCGUGUUUAGCCUGUGUUUUAUUGGACCGAGAGCCUACCACCAUCACAGGUUUUACCAAGAGACGUUCAAAGACUAUCCAAAGUUCCGAAAGGCUUUAAUUCCAUUCAUCUUCUGAGAGAAAAAUAACCUGACUGUCAUCUUGUAAGGGCAGACAAUAACUCAAACCAGCAGCCAAACACAAGCACAGCAUGAGAGUCCAUUUCCUGUUCCUAUUGUAUUUUUAAACCGAAAUUAUGCCCAUUUUACUACACAACAAUCUGUUUUGGUUUUGCUUGCAGUUAUUAUCCGAAACUGUUAUGGACUAAUUCACUGUUCAACUCUUUAUAUUAAAACUGCUACAGAAAGAAACUUGCAUAAAGACAUUGAUGCAAUC